AUGGCUGAUACUACUACUGUCAUCCAACCUGCUGGACAACCAAAGAACAAUGCAUUUAAACGCAUUAUUGAUUUUUAUACUCUAGAAGCUCAUUAUACCAAAGAUUGUAUAAUCCUUGUACUUUCGAAUUUUACAAGUGACUUAUUCACCAAUAUUGGUAUUGUGAUUUACCCAUUCUUGGGGGUGUUAGAGCUGGUGAGACAUGGGGAUUACUACUACUUCCUCAUGUCGUUUCUAGUCACAUAUUUGGUCGAGCUGGUAUGUGUGGCAUUUCUUUAUUUCGUAUUCCUAUUCCCCUUCACAGUAGCCGCUUACGGUAUAUUGGGACCCAUGGGAUUUCCAUUAGCCAUAAUACAUGGCAUUCAAUUCAGUAAUCUGGUGGCUUGCCAUGAAGUGAGACGGGAUAAAGUGCGAGGUGGCCUCAAUCUACUAAGACUUAUAUUUACAAGGCAUAAGAUGUCGUCAGUACUGUUGACACCAGAUACAAUACAUCCGAGACCUGAAGAUCACGCAAUACCAUGGAUCCACUAUGUGACAACUAUUGAAUUUUGGGGUGGGGCCCUUCCUUCAAUGACGGUACAGUACUUGAUAGCGUUAGGCAUCUUUAUGGUCUGGUAUAUGGUUUCACUGAUCCCGAUCGUCGGUGUAUUACUGCUGAAGUUCCAUACAAGUCCUCAUAGAGGAUUCGACUACGUCUUACCGUUUUAUAAGGACGUUAGGCAAUACGAUAAGCGUGCCUUGACCAGAAUAUACUACGGUGGUUAUGCAAGAUGGCUUCUACUUGGUGCAAGUACUGGUAUACUAGAGAGUAUCCCGAUAUUAGCAGGAGUUGCAGUAUGCACCAAUCUGAUCGGAUGUACUCUGUGGGAGAUUAGCAUGGUAAGAGAUCAUCAAGCUAAAAAGAAACCUAUCUGA